AUGAUCAAAAAAGUUCACUUCAGGGUUUUCGACGUUGGCGGUCAACGAUCCGAACGGAAAAAAUGGAUUCAUUGUUUUGAAAAUAAUCGAAUGCUUGAAUCACAACGUCUCUUUGAAUCGAUCUGCAACAGCCGAUGGUUCAUCAACACUUCGAUUAUUUUGUUUAUGAAUAAAAAAGAUCUGUUCAUGGAGAAGAUCCAGCGUGUGUCCAUCAAAACAGCGUUCCCAGAAUACUCAGGU